CAUGCGCGAAGGGAAAAGAACGUGCGACGGAGUUUCCCUCCGACGUUUAUUUGCGGCGCCGCCGGUGGCGUAAUUCGAGCUCCCGAAUCUUGCCGCCUUUUGAAACUUCCCGCCGGGGAGAACUCCGAAGAGCCGCAGCCUGACAGGGCGGCUGCAGUUCAGAGAGCUCCGGCCAUAACGACCCCACAUCCCACGCUUGGGAGUGGGGGGGGGGGUCUCCUUUCCCCCCUCGCCGCCGCCAUGUCGGCGGGCUUCUCCUUCGGAGCCGGGACUCUGCCUUCGGCUACCGCAGCUGCUGCUGGUACUGGAGGCGGCGGCGGAGGGGGCUUCUCGUUUGGAGGCACCCCGAGCUCAACUGGAGGGCUUAAUUUUGGGACAUUGGGCUCGACAGCUACAGCAACUACAACCGCUUCAUCGGUAGGCUUUGGAACUGGACUUUUUAGCUCAAAACCUGCCACUGGUUUUACAUUGGGAGGGGCUAAUACAGGAACAGCAACCUCCAUGGCUACAGGAUUGACACUUGGCACACCUGCUUCUACUUCUGCAAGUACCCCAGGACUUAGUCUAGGAUUCAGCAAACCUGCAGGAUCAGCCACACCAUUUGCUUUGCCUAUCUCUUCUGCCACCUCUGGCCUCUCACUUUCUUCUGCUCUUGCAUCUGCUCCAGCAACAGGUUCCACUGGCUUUACGCUGAACUUGGGAGGCACAGCUCCAACCACAACAGUAUCCACAGGACUUUCUCUUGGGGGAGCCUUAGCUGGUUUAGGAGGGACACUCUUCCCAAAUGCAAGCUCAGCUGCUACAGGGCUCGGACAGAAUGCUUUCGGUUUGACUCUAGGGACGGCUGCAGCACCUGCUACUACAGUUAAUGAAGGUCUUGGGGGCAUAGACUUCAGUAGUUCUUCAGAUAAAAAGAGUGACAAAACAGGAACGAGACCAGAGGAUAGUAAAGCCCUGAAAGAUGAAAAUCUACCUCCCGUAAUCUGCCAAGAUGUAGAAAAUCUUCAGAAGUUUGUAAAAGAGCAGAAGCAGGUCCAGGAAGAAAUUAGUCGAAUGUCCUCCAAAGCAAUGCUCAAAGUGCAGGAAGACAUUAAAGCUUUGAAGCAACUUUUAUCAGUCGCCGCCAGUGGAUUACAGAGAAACACUCUUAAUAUUGAUAAGCUGAAAGUGGAAACUGCUCAGGAGCUUAAAAAUGCUGAAAUAGCAUUAAGAACACAGAAAACGCCGCCUGGCCUUCAGCAUGAAAAUUCAGCACCAGCAGACUACUUCAGGAUCUUGGUUGAACAGUUUGAAGUACAACUGCAGCAGUACAGACAACAAAUUGAAGAACUGGAAAACCAUCUUGCCACCCAGGCAAACAAUUCCCAUAUAACCCCACAAGAUUUAUCCAUGGCUAUGCAGAAAAUCUAUCAGACAUUUGUAGCUUUAGCUGCACAACUUCAAUCCGUACAUGAAAAUGUGAAGAUGCUCAAAGACCAGUAUCUUGGUUACAGAAAAACCUUUUUGGGGGAUGCUGUGGAUGUGUUUGAGGCCAGGCGAGCAGAAGCAAAGAAGUGGCAGACGGCCCCGCGUGUUACUACUGGACCGACCCCUUUCAGCAGCAUACCAAAUGCCGCAGCUGUUGCCAUGGCUGCAACACUUACCCAGCAGCAACAGCCUGCUACAGGGCCACAGCCGUCUCUGGGAGUUAGUUUUGGAACGCCAUUCGGUUCAGGUAUUGGCACUGGCUUGCAAUCAAGUGGCUUAGGGUCUUCAAGCCUUGGAGGGUUUGGAAGUAGCUCUGCUUUUGGAAGCAGUGGCACGGGUGCACCAUCUUUUGGAUUUGGAGCUACAAAUAAGCCUUCAGGAAGCCUUAGUGCAGGCUUUGGCAGUUCGAGCACAUCUGGGUUUAACUUCAGCAAUCCUGGCAUCACGGCAUCUGCUGGCCUGACUUUUGGGGUGUCCAACCCAGCCUCUGCAAGUUUUGGCACAGGAGGACAGCUUCUCCAGCUGAAGAAACCCCCAGCUGGGAACAAGAGGGGGAAAAGAUAAAUGUGAAAAGGGGGGUGGGAGGGCUAGGGUCAGAGAAAAGGGACAACUCAUUGGCCUAAGUCAUCCUGGGGUGAAAUCUAUUUUUUUAAGCUGAUAUAUAGUAGGUGCUCUGUGUCCUUGGAGAUUUAUAACAUUUUGCUACUUCUUCCCAUUCUGGAUUAUAAAACGUAAUUGUAACAAACAGCUAUUUUUUGGGUGACUCAGAACUCACGUAAGAAUCCUUUUUUGUGGGGGGGGAUCAUAGUUUUUAGAUAUGCACUUCAUUAUUAAGAAACUGUGUAAAACCAUCUAUUUAACCUAAGAUUAGUAACAGGAUAUUUUUGUUAAUAUGCUUUAAACCAUAUAGAGAGAUGCAUAUUUGGUUUCCUUGUACAGGUAAAGUAUAUUCUAGUACAAAUGCUUGAGUCCAUGUCUUCUGUUUCUUGAUAUGGCCUUUUAAAAAACAUCAGGGUGGUUUUGUGAAUAUGUGUGUAAAUAUAUACAGUAUAAACGCACACUCGGAUAUGUAUAUGGGUACAUACCAUGCAUUUCAGACCUUGUCUUGUAAGACAGAACGUUUUCAAGUUUGUGUUUUGGGUUCUUUCUCCCCUCCCAUGUUGUGGCAGCAUAUUGGAAAACCAGCUGUAACAUUUACUAGUGCAUGUGAGACAUUGUGGGCUGUUUUGUCUGUUUUCCAUUUCUGUUUUGUUUUCCAUUCAGUGCUUUAAAUGAACUGGAUGUUCAAUGUAAACGUUCUCAGACUGGUUUGGUUCUCAGCUGUGACAGUGUGUCUUUGCUGUACAGUUGCUCAACUGCAGCCACGUGAACUACAGGUAGAUUUUUGGAGAGCUGAUGACUGAUUAGUGCAUUCUGAAACGGCCUUAGUUUUCACAAACAGCUCACACAAGAUGGGGAUGUUUUGGAACAGAUGGGUCCACUGUUUUAGGGCUCACUUCCAUCCUAGAGCAGACAGUCUCUGCUUCUCUCGUCAUUCUGCAUGAAUUGAUGCUUAGGCAUGGUAAGAGGCUACGAAGGGUCGAUCACGGCAGGACACUUGAGAGUAAACUACAAUAUUUGACACAAUUACAAUAGUAAUAGCCUUGCAUUAGUUGAGCUGUAUCUCCAGCUCAGUGAAUGUUUUAAAACAGAAACAACAGGAACAUUUAUUGCCUUAAAUGAGGGACUACAGUCAUAGUCCUUGAACUGUGUUGCCAGCACAGACCCCAUUCACUUCACUGGGGCUUGUGCUAGGCCAUCUCUUUUGAGGGCCGGGCUGUAAAUUAGCCCAUCAUAUCAUUGCUCUGUGUGUGUGCGUGUGUGUGUUGUGUACAGAAUUUUUGUGAGGUCUAGCCUUUUUACACAAAGAAUAUUUUGUAUAUAAUUCCAAGCAGAUAUUCAUAGUUCUCAUCUAGGCACCUUUAAAAACAAAAAGAUAAGUCGCGCACGUAUGUAUUCUCUGGUUUUGAAGUUGGUUGCUUUCAGGCAUUACUAUUUUUGUAAGUUCUGCCAGCGUUUUUUGUCUUCAUUGGACAGCAAGUCAUCCGGCAAAUGUGUGAGUCCUGAGUGUGAUGCAUUCAGAAGUAAGGGGAAUAGCUUACUUAACACAAGUCUUUUCACCUUUAUAUAUGAAGUAUGGGCCGUUUUUCUUUUGGAAGGAGGAAGAAAUUAAACUUGACAGAAUUAAGGAAAACUUAAAAACAAAUUUCAGGCCACAGUUCUGUUUUGAAUUUGUAUUUGAGCUCCAGCAAAAAAGAUGUGCAAACUUGGAUGUAUGUUAACUGCUUUUUACAAUAUUAAAAUGUUAAAAUUUCUUUGUAUAUAAUUUGUGAACCUAUUUUUUUAACUGUGUUGUCUUUGUCCAUAUGUGCAUCUUUUCUGUUCUACAAAUAAUAAAACGGAUUGAAGUGUGGUGUGUCAA